CGCCUCUCUUCAACAGCGCCAAACGACCCUCGUCCCCGACAACAACCCCCGUCAACCCACCCCCUACAACAUCUCAAGAUGACUCACGAGUCCGUUUGGUACAGCCGGCCCCGCAAGUACGGCAAGGGCUCCCGCGAGUGCCGUGUCUGCUCCCACCGCGCUGGUCUGAUCCGCAAGUACGGCAUGAACAUCUGCCGUCAGUGCUUCCGUGAGAAGUCCACCGACAUCGGUUUCGUCAAGUACCGUUAAAUCAAAAAUGAAAACCAUGUCGCUGUAACG